AUGGAGACCUCAUCAUCAGGAGAAUCAACGCCAAAGAGGCAUUCCAGGCAUGGGUCAUCAGGCAGAGCUCUCCCCAGACGCUCAACCCGUGGUCCCCUUGACAUCGGCGAUGCCCCAAUACCAGUCCCUUCACCCACCUCCACCGGGCACUCCCUCCCACACCAAUCCUCCUCCCUCCUCUCACCCUCAACCUCUCAAUACAUGACCCCCCGCCUCCCCUCUCCACAACCAGGCUCCAACCUCUCCACCCUAACCUCCCCCUCCUUCCGCACCGCCCACUCAACACUCUCCCAAAACCCCCUUUCCCCCUCCCGGUCCCCAUCUUUAGCGCCAACGAAGAACUUCUCCUUUCUGCUCCGCCCUGAGAUCUACCACCCGCUCACACUUCUCGACGUCCCACCUCCUUUCCGAGUCUCAAGUCUGCAACCAGACCCUGCGACACCCCUCCCUGAUCUCGUUGGCUCUGGGAAUUUCCGCAGUGCAGCGAUUAAGGCGGCUCAACUUCUUACCUCGCCGGAUCUCAGCCCGAGCUUGCCAGCCGAUAUAGCAACGAUCUUUGACUUGAUCUACACGCGGUUGUCCUGCUUGACGCUGUGUGGACAGACCGCCCUGGCGGCGCAGGAAGUCAAGGCAUUGGAAGAUCUGAAUUCGAGUUAUUACCGCGACGAAGAAGGACGACAUCUCGUGCCAUGGGAGUUGAGAGUCUUGGCUGUAAGAUUGCAGGGAAUGGGGUUCAACGACGCUCGAAGAGGUGUCAUGGGAUACUAUGAGCUCGCUCGCGAAGCACGCCUCACGCUCACCUCUCUCAAGAAAUCCCGCACCUUAACUUUAUCUCUGGAAGGAGAUGGUGAUGGAGAAGAGAAGGCGGAUGUGGAUGUGGAUGUGGAUGACAUUUUGGAGGCGGAGAUUAAGAAGUGGGAGACACGACUCCAGGAGCUGGGCAUCAAAGUCGCGAGCGCGUUGGUGGAGAUGGACGAUCUUGAGGGCGCGGCGAGGUUCUUAUCCACACUGUCACCCUCAUCCGACUCGGCAUCAUUGAGCUCGGCCUUGGAGAGCCAGAAAGCGUUGUUAUAUCUAUGCCUAGGCGACGUAGAAGCGGCACGCUCUUGCAUUUCUGUAAGGAAAGAAGAGAACGAAGCGAAAGUCAUCCUCGCCCUCGCACACAUGGCAGACUCAGAUUUCACCUCCGCGGUAACUAUUUGGAACAACCUCAUCUCCAGCCCGGAAUCGACUGAAUUACCAAUGUAUCGCCAAAACCUCGGUGUCUGCCUCCUCUACCUUGGUCGAAUGUCCGAAGCGCGCGAAAUCCUCGAAGCAUUAGUAGAAGAGAACUCCUCCUUCCACGCACUCACCUUCAACCUCUCAACCAUCUACGAGCUCUGCACCGAGCGCUCGCGGGCUUUGAAGAUCGGCCUCGCGGAGAAAAUCGCUGCGCUUCCGGAGAGAGGGGGCGAGAAGGCGAAUGGUGAUUUCAAGUUGUGA